CUAGUUUAGAAGUUAAGCAUAUAGUUUUCACAGAAGCAAGAUUUUGUGGCACCGGCGGCAGGGGAAAAGAAAACAAAAUGCCGACUUUAGAAGACAAAGCUAUUUGGGAAGAUGGGGAGGAGUCUUUGGGUGAAGAGGUGUUGCGAAUGGGCAAUGAUGAAAUUGUUAGCAGAACCAGACUUUUGGACAAUGAAAUAAAGAUCAUGAAAUCAGAAAUUAUGCGGAUCUCACAUGAGUUACAAGCACAGAAGGAAAAGAUAAAGGAGAACUCUGAGAAGAUCAAGGUGAACAAGACAUUGCCGUACUUGGUGUCAAAUGUGAUCGAGCUUCUUGACAUGGACCCACAGGAUCAGGGGGAGGAGGAUGGGGCCAAUGUUGAUCUGGAUGCCCAGAGGAAGGGCAAGUGUGCCGUCAUCAAAACUUCCACAAGACAGACCUAUUUCCUACCCGUUAUUGGCCUUGUUGAUGCAGAAAAGCUCUCACCAGGAGAUCUGGUGGGUGUGAACAAGGAUUCAUACCUGAUCCUGGAGACGUUGCCUGCGGAGUAUGACUCGCGUGUCAAGGCUAUGGAGGUGGAUGAGAGGCCAACAGAGCAGUAUGCUGACAUUGGUGGGCUCGAUAAACAGAUACAAGAGCUAAUCGAAGCAGUAGUUUUACCAAUGACACACAAGGAACGGUUUGAGGCUCUAGGAAUUCAGCCUCCAAAAGGUGUGUUGUUGUAUGGACCCCCUGGUACAGGUAAAACCCUGCUGGCCCGAGCUUGUGCUGCCCAGACCAAGUCCACUUUCCUCAAACUGGCUGGGCCGCAGCUUGUACAGAUGUUCAUCGGAGAUGGGGCCAAGCUGGUACGAGACGCCUUCGCUCUCGCAAAGGAGAAACAGCCGGCUAUCAUCUUCAUAGAUGAGCUUGACGCAAUUGGUACAAAGCGUUUUGACAGUGAGAAGGCUGGAGACAGGGAGGUACAGAGAACCAUGUUGGAACUUCUUAACCAGAUGGAUGGAUUCCAACCAAGCUCCAUGAUCAAGGUGAUAGCUGCCACAAACCGUGUGGACAUUCUGGACCCGGCUCUGCUCAGGUCUGGGCGUCUUGACAGGAAGAUUGAGUUUCCAAAUCCGAACGAGGAAGCCCGGGCACGUAUCCUACAGAUUCACUCACGCAAGAUGAACGUUAGCAAGGAGGUGAACUAUGAAGAACUGGCCCGCUGUACAGAUGACUUCAAUGGGGCUCAGCUGAAGGCAGUUUGUGUAGAGGCUGGUAUGAUAGCGUUACGUCGUGGAGCCUCCGAGCUGCAGCAUGAGGACUACAUGGAUGGAAUCAUUGAGGUGCAAGCAAAGAAGAAGGCCAACCUUCAGUACUACGCCUAGACAUGGACUUCUUGAUCAUUGUGCUCUGUGUGCUCAUACCAUCAUAAUUUCUGUUAUGCUAAAUGCAUGACUGUGACCUUUCAUAUAAAAUUAAGUCAUGUAUAGUUGAUCUGCAAUCGUUAUUAAUGUGAAGGCGAUUUUGUAAAAGACCAAACUGAAGUUGCUUUAUGAAUGAACAUAUAUUAAAGGAGAGUAAAAAGAUGCAAUGUAUCUUUAUAAUAAUUAGCUUGAAUAUUCAAAGAAUUAGAAGAGCUAUUCUACUCACCCCACUGACCCUAGUGUUCACAUAUGGUUAAAUGUUUUCUGCAAGUUUAGAUUAUUAGAUACAUCUCGAAAACCAUUUAUUCAAUUUACGUGAUAGUGUUCAGGGCCAUCAGACUAUUCAGUAACAUUACUCUUAACAUGUCAUAAAUACAAGCAAACUUUCCUGCAAGUUUGAAAUUAGGUCAUUUCUCAGAAAUCUUUAAUGCAAUUGACAUUGUACAUGUGUUAAGUGCCCUUGAUUGACUAUGAUAGUUUGCUUGAAAUUUUUCAGUAUUUUGGGGUUUCUUUUUAUCGUAUCUCAAAAAUUGUUUUGCAAUUGACAAUACUUCACCUGCUUAUCUAGGGCCAUUAUACUAUAAAGUUAUUUAACUAUAUAUGAUCCUGAAUGCAAGUAACUGUUGUACCACAAUUUUUGAAAUUCACAUAUUUCUUCAUAAUGCAUGGUAAUCAAUUACAUAUCUCAUCUUCAGACAAAGCCAUGUAAUAGUCAAGCACAAUGUCUUGCUGUCAAACAAAUGAUGGAUAAUACUGAGUUAUCAUUUUUUUUUUGUGAAAGGUCCUAGCUGUAGGGUUUCAGUCUUUGAAUAUUGCAUUUCAGUGCUUAUUUUUCAAGUUGUGGAGAAUGUACUUAUGUUGAAAUUCAUAUUUAUUAUCUGAAAAUAAACAAGGAAAACUAU